CAUUACCAAGCCUCGACCAUGGAGGCGCUCGGUGCGUAUGCAUCUAGCGACGAGGAGGAGGCGUCUCGCUCCACGUCUCCGCGCUCUACAGACUCUCCGUCUCUCGCUCUACCCGUGGUCAACUCGGCACCUUUCGUAGCGCUCACUGACCGCCAGGAGGAGGCCAACAAGGCGGCGUUCCUGACGGCCGGCACGCAGACGCAAUUGGCUGUAAAUCUGCCCGUGGAGUCGACGCUGGCGCCGUAUGUGGGACCCCAGAGCAGCGGCACAAUGGACUUGGCACUGGUGGACCCUCUACGCGCCGGCAGCGGCAAGCAGGUGGUCACUGGCGUCGUGGAGCAGGCGGACAUGGAGGACUUCAGCUUCGAGGCGCAGUACCACACGUACAACCAGACAUUGAGCCGCAACCCCGCCAGAAACAGAGCCAAGGGAGCCCCUCCUUCAGCCCCCGCACUACCAGGAGAGAAGCUGGCCGAUACUAUCGUCGCUCCAGGCGAGGAGAACGUGUUCACUAGUUGCAACGCCAAGAAGAGGAAGAACCAGGUCGUCUCCAAGGAGCGAGCAGCAGCUGAGGACUUUGGAGAUGAAGCUACCGAUGGCAUUUGGGCCCCGUACAAGGAGAAGGGCAAGACUCUGACGGAUGCGGAGAAGGGAACCAUGACCGAGCAGCAGAAGGCGCUGAGAGAGGAACACCAGGAGGCCAAGCGACGCAAGGCGGAGGCCAAGGAGGAAGCGGACGACGAGAUGGACUUUGACCGCAUGGUCGAGAAGAAGACGGGUCACUUGUUGCCGGCGAGACUCAAGGCGGGACAGACGGCGCUCGAGGGCAAGUCCACGUUCCUGGGAGACCAGGAGUACGACUACCAGGGACGCGCGUGGGUGGAACCCCCACGCACGCUCAAGCCCGACAACGGAGAUCACCAGGUUUUCCUGCCCAAGAGGUGUGUGCACAAGUGGACGGGACACACCAAGGGAGUCCAGGCUAUCGAGUUGUUCCCGCAGUACGGCCACUUGCUGCUUUCUGGCAGUAUGGACAACACAGUGCGUAUCUGGGACGUCUACAACGAGCGCAAGUGCCAGCGUGUGUACGAAGGCCACUCGGGUGCUGUGCGCGGUAUCAACUUCAGCAACGACGGCCGCCAGUUCUUGAGCUGCAGCUUUGACCGCUUUAUCCAGUUGUGGGACACGGAAACGGGGCAGGCCGUGCACUCGUUCACGACUCGCCGUGUGCCGUACUGCGUCAAGUUCUACCCGCUGGACAACACCAACUUCGUCGUGGGUGACUCGAACAACAUGGUGGUGCAGUUCGACACCCGGUCAGGCGAGAUCGUGCAGGAGUACAACCACCACUUGCAGGCGGUCAACUCGGUGACGUUCGUGGACGACAAUAAGCGGUUCGUGAGUACCUCCGACGACAAGAAGCUGCUAGUCUGGGAGUGGGGCAUCCCCGUGCCCAUUAAGUACAUCUCGGAGCCGAGCAUGCACUCGAUGCCGGCCGUGACGCUGCAUCCGAGCGGCGGCUUCUUCGCCGGCCAGUCGCUGAACAACCAGAUCGACGUGUACACGGCGCGGGACAAGUUCAAGAUCAACCGCAAGAAGGUGUUCAAGGGCCACCAGAACGCCGGCUACGCGUGCCAGAUCGGCUUCUCCCCGAACGGCCAGUACAUCAUGUCGGGCGAUGGCGAGGGCAAGCUGGUCUUCUGGGACUGGAAGACCACCAAGAUGAUCAAGAAGCUGCGCGCGCACGACCGCGGCCCGACCAUGGGGGCGCUCUGGCAUCCGCUCGAGCCCAGCAAGGUGAUUUCCUGUGGCUGGGACGGUCUCAUCAAGUACUGGGACUAAGAUAGCAAGGAGCUAAACCACGACCGCAAUAUAUCAAGCCCUCCGUCACCGUU